GUUUUGUUGGAUUUGUUUUCUCCAUGUCGUUGUGGCUAAUGAUGACCUUAUCCUGUCCGGUGACACUUCUGUUCAUCAUACACCUCCUCAUUCCCUCGCCACCAAUCACAUCCUUGUGUUAGCUUGAGGAUGAGGAGGAUUUGAAGAUGAAGAGGCCUAUUUAUCAGCUCAACACAGCCUACUCAGACAGUGAUAUCGUUCAGCUCUUCCACCGUCUCACUUUCCGAUUGGUUAUACUUUGGACUUUUGCAGCGUUGCACAUCCAGUACAGUGUUGAAAAGAGAAUCAGGGAAUAUAAGAGUUCUUUUUUUUUUUUUGCAGUUUGAGGUGGAGAUGCUUCGCUCUCAGGUGCAGGUUGUUCUUGUGGCCUUGUUUUCCUCGGUGCUGCUGGUGCAGGUCAGCGGCGCUCCAAGCAGAGAAAUGCUGACACUGAGAGCAGACCUCAUAAAAAACAAGGAUCUUGCUCACUUGCUCUUGCUGAAGUUUGUGUCUGAACUGAUGGCAGCGAGAGGAGACGAGAUGCUCCCCGAGCUGGAGCAGGAGGGAGACAGGGAGGAGCUAGUGCGGCGACAUCUCCCCCUCUCCCAAAGAGAGCGCAAGGCAGGCUGCCGCAACUUCUUCUGGAAGACGUUUACCUCGUGUUAACAUAAGAAAAGAGCUGUUCAAGCUGGAGUACUUUUUGUUUUGUAAAUGUACUUUUAAAAGACAAAUUAAUCUUGUUUGCACACGUUGUUGUAACUGGAUCAUUUACUGUGAGUUACCAAGUAUCUAGGUGUAUUGGAAAUUGUGCUAAAGUUGUAUGUGUUGAGAUUGUACACAAUGUCUAAAAUAAAGUUUUCUGAUUUUAAAGGG